AUGGCCAAGGGCAAACUAGAAGACGAUUUGAAAACAGAUCCUCCGUGCCACCCUAGGGCGGUGAAUUGCCUGCAAAAGCACAACUACAAGGAAGAAAAGUGCCAGUCAGCGGUAGACGCCCUGUACGAAUGCUGCAAUGCCUUCUACAAGGACAAGGGCGAUGACGCCAGCACGACAUCGUGCCCGAAACCGAAGCUACUGAAGCUGAAGAUGCAGCAGCGAGGGCAAAGUUGA